UCAGCUUUUAAAACUGCCUUGCUAUUGCUAGGGACUCAGCAGGAUUCCAGCCAAGACUUCCCCACAAUUUUCUGCCAAAGUCUGUGUCAGAUUUAAGACACACGCUCCUGCAUGCUUCCUUCAAGAUUGUGAAAAAAGUUUUAAUCCAUAGUUAGGUUCCAGCCUGCUGUAGCUGCAAGUGUCGGUGGUCACACCACCUCCUUACAAAGCAGCUAGAACCUAGGGCACAGGGUGGGGAUUGUUUUCUUUCAACUUUCUGGCCAUGAAAUGACUGUAGAGUGAUUUCUAGCUUAAAGUGGAAGGCAUGGCCACAUCCUGAUUAGUUUUUGCAGCAGGAAACUUUAAAUUUUUUCAUCUUUCUCCCAUACUAAGAUUGUGUGUGGCAGGGGGUGUCCCCUGACUAACUCAAGUCAUUUCAUUGGAUUUUGAUUACAAGUGAUCAUGUGAUUUUCCAGUAAAGUUUUGGGGUUUUGAACUUUGCUUCCGGAGAAUGCCUUUUGCAACACUUUUCAGUAACUUCUUGGUGUGAACUGCUUAGUCAUCAGUGGACAUUUAAAAUAUUCAAAAUGUAUAGAGAGUGGGCAGUGGUGAAUAUUCUUAUGAUGUCCUACUUGUACCUGGUGCAGGGCUUCAAUAGUGAACAUGGACCAGUGAAGUCUUACUAAGAUACUAGAACAUUGUAGAUCAAAGGCAUUCUGAGACAUCUUCAGCAUCCUGAAAGCCUUGACUGGUUGAGAUGUCCUAACCCAUAAAGACUCUCCUGCACCUCUCAUUACAACUUUCCAAUAUUUGAUAUUUCAUUAAUUUUAGCAGGAUUUUUCUUUUGAGCAAUCAUCCCAGUCAAUGUUGGAACGAUCUGAACAACAGAUCAGAGCUGCUUCUAGUUUGGAGGAGCUACUGCAAAUCGCACACUCUGAGGACUGGAAGCUGUGGAGAUGCCGGCUGAAGCUCAAAAGUCUUGCUAGUAUGGAUUCUCGCUCAACAUCCCAUCGAUCCACCAGAUUUGCAGCAACUUUCUAUGAUACUGAAACACUAAGAGUUAUAGAUGAGGAAUGGCAGAGAACCCAGUGCAUCCCUAGAGAGACAUGCGUAGAAGUCGCCAGUGAGCUGGGGAAGACAACCAACACGUUCUUCAAGCCCCCCUGUGUGAACGUGUUCCGGUGUGGAGGCUGCUGCAAUGAAGAAAGUGUGAUGUGUAUGAACACAAGCACCUCCUACAUCUCCAAACAGCUCUUUGAGAUAUCGGUGCCUCUGACAUCAGUGCCUGAGUUAGUUCCUGUUAAAAUUGCCAACCAUACAGGCUGUAAGUGCUUGCCUACUGCCCCCCGCCAUCCCUACUCAAUUAUCAGAAGAUCCAUUCAGAUACCAGAAGGAGAUCAAUGUUCUCAUUCCAAGAAACUCUGUCCUAUUGACAUGCUGUGGGAUAACACCAAAUGUACUUGUGUUUUACAAGAUGAGAAUCCACUCCCUGGAACAGAAGACCAUUCUUACCUUCAGGAACCAGCUCUCUGUGGACCACACAUGAAGUUUGAUGAAGAGCGUUGUGAGUGUGUCUGCAAAACAUCAUGUCCUGGAGAUCUCAUUCAGCACCCAGAAAACUGCAGUUGCUUUGAAUGCAAAGAAAGUCUGGAGAGCUGCUGCCAGAAGCAUAAGAUUUUUCACCCAGACACCUGCAGGUCAAUGGUCUUUUCACUUACCCCUUAAGUUGGUUGACUGGUGACAUUUAAAGGACAUACUAAUCUGAUUUGGUGGGGCUCCUUUUUCUCAUUGCCCAAGCACCUCCUUAAAAAUAAGCAGAGGUUUGGCAUCUAAGAAAUAAUUGAAAGUAUAUAGAGUGAUGAUUAAUUCUUUUGUUGUUGUUUCAAAACAGGGUCUCAUGAAUUACAGACUUGCACCACCAUGCCUGCUAUUAUGCUAUUAUAAGCAAAAAAGAAGUCACUGACAUUUAAAGAAUCAGGUUAAGGGAGGUUCAGAUCACAAGCUAAUUCUCUCUCUCUCUCUCUCUCUCUCUCUCUCUCUCUCUCUCUGUCUCUCUCUCUCUCUCUGUGUGUGUGUGUGUGCGUGCGUGUGCGCGCACGCGCAAAGAGGCUAGCACUAGAUUUGUGUAGGAAAGAAAAUUCUGGAUGACUAUAAUCCUUGGAGGCCGAUGACUAGCCUUUGAUCAGUUUCCAAAUCUACCCAAAUUAACCACUGAGAUUUUUAAAAUAAUUUGUUCUUUGACAAUUUCAUGCAUAUUUAAAAUGCGUUCUAAUUACAUUCACCUCUACACUAUCUUAACCCCAGCCUACUCUUGUCAACCCAUUUCCUCCCUACAAGUCCCUUUCCCACACUCAGGUGUCUUUGUUUUGUGACCCACUAAGGGCAGUCAGGGCCAUCUAUGUGACCACAGGUUUGGAACUAUCUGUCAGAACUUGUUCUGCUCACUCACCCGUAGGUCCACAACUAAAGACAGUGACUCGGCGUCUCCCAGAUUCUAUUGGUAGCCCACAGUUCAUUACAGAGGGCCCAGGCCCCAUAAGCCUCUCACAACAGCAUGUGUGGCUGUUGAGAAGUUCCACCUUGUGUAGGCCUAGGGCAGGCAGAUUCUUGCAGCUCUUGUGAGUUCCUGAUUGCAAAGGCUGCAUCAUGCCUAGAAGAUGGUAUUUCCCAGCCCUUCUCUCUUUCUGACAUGUUCCCAGCCCCUCCUCUGCUCUGUGCCCUGAUAUUUAGAGGAGGUGGUAUCAACAUCUUGGUUAGGGCUGAGCCCUCAGCCAGUUGAGUGCCAUUUAGAAUAUUACAUUGACACUUUAAAUACAUGUCUGGAAAUUUUUCUUUGAAAGCAGAAUCAAGUGAAAUCAGAACUGAAUGAUUGAUUGGAAGUUGAUCCUUGCUUCGAAAGUCUCAUCUUCACUUUGUUUUUCGACAGCUGUGUGGACAGAUGUCCUUUUCACACCAGAACAUGUGCAAGUAGACAGCCAGUCUAUGGAAAGCACUGCCACUUUCCAAAUGAGAGAAAGGACCAGGGGCUCCACAGCCGAGAGAGUCCUUGAUUCAACUUUCUCUUAAGUUCCGCAUCCCUGUCAUUUUAAACAGUGCUGCUUUGUUAAGUUGCUGUCACUGUUGCACACCCCCCAGCUGUUAGAAAAAUUGAUUUUACCUAGUGCCAUGGUGAAUUCACAUUUCCAUUCAAUAGCGGCUGGGUGAUUCCCUGGUCCGCUGACAAUUACCUCUAGCUUCAGAUGCCUCUGCACACCAGUGCUCAGAGAGGAAGGGGUCUGGGGAGCCCAUUGUGGUGAUGAAUGAGAAAAGGUUGCUUGCCACCGAGUAGCAGGUGCCAUAUGAUUGAGUAUUCAGACUGGCAAAGUUGGAGUGCAAUGCUUAUGAAUUAUUCUGGCUCUUUCUUAUGCAGAACUUCAUUUGUAUGAUCAGCACUGAUGUAAUUCCUGUUCAGCUUGUACUUUUCAAGUUUACUGAACCACUGCCUGAUGUUUCGUAUUUAAAUGUAUUUAAAGGAAAUAAACGUCAUUAUUCAAGCCAUAGA